AGAAGUUUCUGAUUUAAAACGUCACCGAUCUGCUGCGUUGGUUCGUACGAACUCCCCGAGCCGCUGCGGUUCCAAUCCCCGCGGGCUCGGUACUUCACGGGACUCUGGCCUUGUUGGCGCGUCGGUUUAGCCUCGUCACGGGCUAACGUUAGCAUUGACUCAGCCCAAAAGUCCUCACGGCUAGCGGGCUAACGUGCUAGCGUGCUAACGGGCUAACGGGCUAACGGCUACUUCAGUUAGCUCCGGUUUAAAACGCGGUCUGGCCCCAAACAGCUGGUUUGUGAUUUAAACUUCGAGACGAUGUUUCAGUGACUUUCAUUCUUCACACUUCCGGUGUCCGCUCCAGAUGAAACAGACCCAGGACCAGUGGGACGGACGAGCAGCGGCUUCACGCUGUCCAACACGGAACAAGUGGAUUCUUCAAAGUGUUUCUCGUUCAAAAUGAGAACAAUACAUAGAAAUAUUUAAAAAAUCUGAAGAUGUCGUCAGGCGCUCUCUUUCCCAGCCUGGUGAGCGGCUCCAGAGGAAGCUCCAGCAAGUACCUGGUGGAGUUCCGUGCUGGCAAAAUGACCCUGAAGGGAAACGUGGUGACGCCGGACAAACGCAAGGGCUCGGUGUACGUCCAGCAGUCCGACGACUCGCUCAUUCACUUCUGCUGGAAGGACAGGACGACUGCCAACGUGGAUGAUGACCUGAUCAUCUUCCCCGAUGACUGUGAAUUUAAGCGUGUGAGCCAGUGCACCACGGGACGUGUCUAUGUGCUGAAGUUUAAAGCCGGAUCCAAGAGACUGUUCUUCUGGAUGCAGGAGCCAAAGACGGACAAGGACGAAGAGCACUGCCGUAAGGUAAAUGAGUACCUGAACAACCCCCCCAUUCCCGGAGCGCCAGGCAGCGGGAGCGGCAGUGGCCAUGAACUCUCAGCGCUCGGAGGAGAGGGAGGCCUGCAAAACCUACUGGGAAAUAUGAGCCACAACCAGCUGAUGCAGCUGAUUGGACCAACCGGACUGGGAGGACUGGGAGGCCUGGGAGCUCUAGCAGGACCAGGACUCGCCAACCUGCUGGGCGGGGGGGGACCAGCUACGAGCAGCUCCUCAUCCAGUUCUCGUAGCCAAUCAGCAGCAGCCACUCCUUCAUCAGGCGCAGCCCCCAGACUGAGCUCCUCUCAGGCCCCCACCACCCCCGUGACCCCCGCUGCCUCCGCUGUGUCACCCACUACUGUUGCUCCCUCCACCCCAGCCUCAGCUCAGACUCCUCUGGCCCCAGCCUCCGUUGGAAGUCCUGGCGCCCACCAGCCCAUCCAGCUAAGUGACCUUCAGAGCAUCCUGGCCACCAUGAACGCAGCAACGGCGUCUGCUCCGGGAGCAGCAGUGGAUCUAGCCAGUGUUUGCACCCCUGAGAUGAUGGCUCCCAUCCUAACUAAUGCUGAGGUCCAGAAGAGGCUCCUGCCCUUCCUCCCCAGUGGUGAGAGUUUACUUCAGAGCGCGGAGGAGAUCCAGAACACUCUGAACUCUCCUCAGUUCCAACAGUCGAUGAGCAUGUUCAGCAGUGCCUUGGCCUCCGGGCAGCUCGGCCCCCUCAUGAGUCAGUUUGGUCUGCCGGCCGACGCUGUGGACGCCGCCAACAAAGGAGAUGUGGAGGCGUUUGCCAGCGCCAUGCAGAGCAGUAAAGGAGACUCGAAGGAAAAGAAGGAGGACGACGAGGACAUGAGUCUGGAUUAGAGCUCGGCCUGCUGAGCCUGGUGAACUCCUGGGAUUCCUGCUCUCCUUUAUUUCCGUUUCUCUCCCUCUCUUCCAGGGGGUCUUGUACUUCUCUAAACCAAAGGCAACACUCAGGAUGAACAGAGCUGAGAUGAGUGAGGCCCGCUCUUCCUCUGAGCACCAUGCAGACUGUGUGAUCUGACUGUAUUUAUCUGUUCAACUGACCUGAGGUUUCACUCUGAAAGGAGAUUUUUAUACACAACUGGGGACUAAGCCUUAAAUUUGAUGUUUCUUUUCUUUCUGUAUUUCUGUUGUCACGACUUCAGGAGCCUGAGUUAAUCCUUAAUAAAUCAUAUCAACCGAGA